AUGCCAGCAUCUGUGAAGCCUGGGGUCGUCACCGGCCAGGCGCUGGUGGACUUGCUGAACUACGCCAAGGAGAACGAGUUCGCAAUCCCAGGAGUGAACGUGGUUGCCAGCAGCUCCAUCAAUGCGUGCAUGGAAGCCGCCAAGAAGGCAGGCGGACCCAUCAUGGUCACCUUCUCUCGCGGAGGCGGCCAGUUCAUUGCUGGCAAGGCCGCCGACAACAGCGAUGAUGCUGCCUGCAUCGCGGGCACCGUGGCUGGCGCCCUCCACGUGCGCCAGGUGGCCAAGCUCUACGGAGUGCCGGUGAUCCUCCACACUGACCACUGCCAGAAAGCUUGGUUGCCUUGGUUCGAUGGCCUCAUGGAGGCCAAUGAGGAGUCUUUGGAGGAGAACAUCGCGAUCUGCAAGAAGCACAUGGCUGAUUUUAAGAAGAAGUUUGAGUCUGAGGUUCUUUCUCAGUUAGUGGACCUGCUGCUGGAGAUGGAGCUGGGUGUCACCGGUGGUGAGGAGGACGGCGUGGACAACACAGAUGUGGACUCCUCCAGGUUGUACACUCAGCCCGAGGAGGUCUGGCAGGUCUACGAGACCCUGUCGGCAGUCCCCAACGGCAAGUUCACCGUGGCAGCGGCCUUUGGCAACGUCCAUGGCGUGUAUGCGCCGGGCAACGUGAGCCUGAAGCCAGUGAUUCUGCACAACACCCAGAAGUACAUCAAGGAGAAGCUGGGCUGCGACAGCGACAAGCCGGUGUCUUUUGUUUUCCACGGAGGCUCAGGCUCCUCCCUCGAGGACAUCCGAUAUGCCAUUGAGGCUGGCGUCAUCAAGAUGAACAUCGACACGGACACCCAGUGGGCCUUCUGGGAUGGCAUGAACGAAUACCAGAAGAAGAACAAGGACUACCUCCAGGCCCAGAUCGGCAAUCCCGAAGGACCGGAGAAGCCCAACAAGAAGUACUACGACCCUCGCAUGUCCCUCCGGGCCGGUGAGGAGUCCAUGGCCGAUCGCCUG